UUUAAGGAAAACCGCCAUCUCAGUCAGUAUUUUAGCAAACAAUUUAUCAUCCACCAGACGUUUAGGGUUCCGACGUUCUCGAAUCUUCUCCCUUAGCUUCGUCUUCUUCUCCAUCGGAGAUUUAUCUGUAUUUGCGUACGCGUUAAUCUCGCGGUGGGUCAUUGGGUUUCGUUGAUUUUUACAUUGAAUCUGCGUGGUUUUCAAUCCGGAUUUGUGGUGUUGGAGCUCAAUUGAGGAAUGGGGGAAGAGAAAUCUAAGUACAGGAGCGAAGAUAUGGAUUUAGAGGAGGAGGAGGAUGAUUUGAAGAUGAAUCGGCGAGAUCGUGAUCGGAGUAAGGAGCGGAAGAAGGAUAAGGGUUCGGAGAAGCGCCGGGAGAAGGAUAGACGGAAGAGACGGUCUGAGAGAGUUAAGAGUAGUGAUUCUGAAGAUGAUUACGGUAGAGAUGAUGAUGAUGAUGAAGAGAGGGAGAAGCGUAAAGAGAAGGAGAGGGAGCGGAGACGGAGGGAUAAGGAGAGGGCUAAGAGACGGUCUGAGAGAAGGAAGAGUAGUGAUUCUGAUGAGGACGAUGAAGAAGAUGAUGAGAGGGAUAAUAAACGCAGAUCCAAGGAGAGGGAGAGAGGACAUCGAGAACAUGAGAGAGAUAGAGGCAAAGAUCGUAAAAGGGAUAGAGAUAGAGAGAGGGAGGAGAGAAAGGAGAAGGAAAGAGAAAGGGAGAAGGAUAGAGAGAGAAGGGAACGGGAACGAGAAGAGCGGGAGAAGGAGAGAGUGAAAGAAAGAGAGAGGCGGGAACGGGAAGAUGUUGAGAGGGAUAGGAGAGAGCGUGAGAAAGAAAGGGGUAGUAGGAGGAACCGGGAAAGGGAAAGGUCACGAGAGGUUGGCAAUGAAGAGAGUGAUGAUGAUGUCAAGCGUGACUUGAAGCGUAGAAGAAGAGAUAGCGGAGAACGGAAGGAGAAAGAGCGUGAAAAGAGUGUUGGUAGAUCCAGCAGGCAUGCAGAUGGCAACGGAGAUAGUCCAAGGAGAAAGAGUGUCGAGGAGGAUGGUGAAAAGAAAGAGAAGAAAACCCGAGAAGAAGAACUAGAGGAUGAGCAGAAGAAGCUGGAUGAGGAGGUGGAAAAACGGAGGAGAAGAGUUCAGGAGUGGCAAGAAUUGAAGAGAAAAAAGGAGGAAGCUGAAAGUGAUAGUAAGGGUGAUGCAGAUGGUAAAGAGCCCAAGGCCGGUAAGGCUUGGACUCUUGAUGGAGAAUCUGAUGAUGAAGGCCAUCCGGAUGAAAAAUCAGAUACAGAAAUGGAUAUUGAUGGGGACACUAAUCCUGAAAAUGGUGGAGAUGCCAAGAUGGUAGACUUGGAGAAUGAGACAGCUACUACUGUCCCUGAGAGUGGAGGUGACGGAGCUGCAGACGAAGAGGAGAUUGAUCCUUUAGAUGCUUUUAUGAAUACUAUGGUAUUACCAGAGGUUGAGAAGCUUAGCAAUAGUGCUCCUCCCCCAGCAGUGAAUGAUGGUAUUGUGGAUUCUAAAAUGAAUGGGGAAAGUGGUGACCAGCCAAAGAGAGGUUUUAAUAAGGCCCUGGGUAGGAUAAUUCAAGGUGAAGAUUCUGAUUCUGAUUAUUCAGAACCAAAGGAUGAUGAUGAUCCAAGUUUAGAUGAAGACGAUGAGGAGUUCAUGAAGAGAGUAAAGAAGACAAAAGCAGAGAAAUUGUCCCUUGUUGACCAUUCAAAAAUAGAGUAUGAACCUUUCCGGAAGAACUUCUAUAUCGAAGUGAAGGAUAUAUCUAGGAUGACACAAGAAGAAGUUAACGCUUACAGAAAGGAAUUGGAGCUGAAAGUUCAUGGAAAAGAUGUUCCAAGACCCAUUAAGUCUUGGCACCAGACUGGGCUAACCACCAAAAUUUUGGAUACUAUGAGGAAGCUUAAUUAUGAAAAGCCAAUGCCUAUUCAAACACAAGCACUCCCUAUCAUCAUGAGUGGUCGAGACUGCAUUGGGGUUGCAAAAACCGGUUCAGGUAAAACCCUUGGUUUUGUUUUGCCAAUGCUGAGGCAUAUCAAAGAUCAGCCUCCCGUUGAUGCUGGCGAAGGGCCAAUUGGGCUUGUAAUGGCACCUACAAGGGAGCUUGUUCAGCAGAUUCACAGUGAUAUCAGAAAGUUUUCUAAGCCAUUGGGUAUAAGAUGUGUACCUGUCUAUGGAGGAUCAGGAGUUGCCCAGCAAAUUAGUGAGCUUAAGCGAGGUACUGAGAUUGUUGUGUGCACUCCUGGCAGAAUGAUUGAUAUCCUUUGUACAAGCAGUGGGAAAAUCACUAAUCUGCGAAGGGUCACAUUUUUAGUAAUGGAUGAAGCUGAUCGUAUGUUUGACAUGGGUUUUGAGCCCCAAAUUACUCGUAUUAUUCAGAACAUUCGACCUGAACGUCAAACUGUGCUCUUUUCUGCCACUUUUCCUCGCCAAGUUGAAUCUUUGGCACGUAAAGUUUUGAACAAGCCUGUAGAAAUUCAGGUUGGUGGAAGGAGUGUUGUGAAUAAAGAUAUAACUCAGUUAGUUGAAGUCAGACCGGAGAGUGAUAGGUUCUUUAGACUUCUGGAACUUCUUGGGGAAUGGUAUGAGAAAGGAAAAAUUCUGAUCUUCGUGCAGUCGCAGGAAAAGUGUGAUGCCUUGUUUAAGGAUAUGAUUAAACAAGGUUAUCCUUGUCUAUCUCUUCACGGGGGUAAGGAUCAGACUGAUCGUGAAUCAACUAUAUCUGAUUUUAAGAGCAAUGUCUGUAAUUUGUUGAUUGCCACAAGUGUUGCGGCUAGGGGUCUAGAUGUGAAAGAGCUUGAGUUGGUUGUGAACUUUGAUGCACCGAACCACUAUGAAGACUAUGUACAUCGCGUUGGCAGGACAGGCAGGGCAGGGCGGAAAGGCUGCGCUGUGACAUUUAUCUCUGAGGAUGAUGCGAAAUAUGCACCAGAUUUGGUCAAGGCCCUGGAACUUUCUGAGCAGCCAGUGCCUGCUGAUCUGAAAGCAAUUGCUGAUGGUUUCAUGGCGAAAGUGAAACAGGGUAUUGAGCAAGCUCAUGGAACUGGCUAUGGUGGUAGUGGCUUUAAAUUCAACGAAGAGGAGGAAGAAGUUAGGAAAGCAGCAAAGAAAGCACAAGCGAAGGAGUAUGGCUUUGAGGAAGACAAGUCUGACUCAGAAGAUGAGAAUGAUGUUGUAAGAAAGGCAGGUGGUGGUGAGAUUUCACAGCAGCAGGCUACUUUUGCUCAGAUAGCCGCCAUUGCUGCUGCUGCGAAAGCUGCAGCUGCUAUUCCCGUGAAUGUUCCUGUGACCGCUAACCAGUUACUGCCAAAUGGUGGCGGGCUUCACGCCGUGCCAGGUGUCCUUCCACUUAAUACUGUUCCUAGCCAUCCUAGUGAUGGGGCAGGCCGUGCUGCAGCCAUGGUUGCUGCCAUGAAUUUGCAACAUAACCUAGCAAAGAUUCAAGCUGAUGCAAUGCCUGAACACUAUGAAGCAGAACUCGAAAUCAAUGAUUUCCCACAGAAUGCUCGCUGGAAGGUCACCCACAAAGAAACUUUGGGUCCAAUAUCAGAGUGGACUGGAGCCGCCAUUACCACUAGAGGUCAGUUUUAUCCGCAAGGACGAAUCCCUGGACCUGGGGAACGCAAACUCUACUUGUUCAUUGAAGGGCCUUCUGAAAAAUCUGUUAAGACAGCAAAAGUUGAACUCAAGCGUGUUCUUGAAGACAUUACAAAUCAGGCCAUGUCACUUCCUGGAGGAGCACAACCCGGCAGAUACUCGGUGAUAUAAUGAAGCCAACCAUGAGGUGCGUGAUUAUAAGGGAUUCAAAUCACUGAGAGUUUUAUUAAACAAGUAUUAUUGAUUGGUGUUGUGAACUACAAUCUCUGCACCUUUGCUAAAUUUUUUUACACUUGGUGUGACAUUCCUUACUUCUUUAUGGUCAUCAAGUAUUAUUGCUAUUGAAUAAUGAAUGCUUGUUGUUUCUCAUCCUGGAACUCUUUCGUCUUUUAAUUUUAUUCUCUUUUUCUUUGUCAUGUUUGUACAAUGGCCCCGAUGGGUUUGCUAAUGCGCAUUACCGCGUGGUGGCUGUAAAAGGAUCGGGGAAACAUGAAGCUCGUGGAGAGAUGACAUGUAAUGUUUCUGAUAGAGAAGGUCAAAGCUUUUGUACCUCUCCAAUGGGUAAGACUUGAAGCUUAUUCGGUUUUGGUGUCUGGAUGCUUUGUCUAUAAUUCUCAGUGUCUAUAUCUGCUUAACCACUACUCUUAGAGAGAAUUAUAGUUCCGGGGAUUGUCUCAACUGACUUUAACGCUGAAGGAUGCUUUCUGAGUAACGGGUAGAAAGGUGAUGUUGCAUUCGGUAUGUAGUCAAACAUCGGAUCGUUGUUCAAAAUAGUUCUCAAGUUAAAAACUCUCGUAUGCGAUUUUAUGUUUUGUGGAUUAAUGGUUUUGAAACAGUGAAAUAGGUAACACAGAUUUUGUCUUAUGUGAUGAUGAUCUAAAAGGAAAGGUUGUGGGGUUGGCCGAAGUCAUUUUGUGACCGCACCUUUAUCGAAAAAUGAAACAUAUAAAGCGUAGAUACGGCAAUGCACAACUCUAGCAAUGUCUUUGUAACAAAUCAGCAAAACUAGAAUAUUGGAAAUACAAUCAGAAAAUAUUAUUGGACA